AUGGCAACUUAUCCUUGCCAAUUAUGUGGGAAGAUACUCCUUACCCUGGAAAAAUUCACUAUCCACACUUACUCCCACACAGGGGAACGUCCUUACAAGUGCUUGCAGCAAGGCUGUGCAAAAGGGUUCAUUUCCAAAUAUAAACUCAUCAGGCACAUGGCCACCCAUUCCCCUCAGAAGUCCCAUCAGUGUGUCCACUGUGAAAAGACGUUCCACCGGAAAGAUCACCUCAAGAACCAUCUCCAGACUCAUGACCCCAACAAGAUGGCCUUCGGGUGUGACGAGUGUGGAAAGAAGUACAACACCAAGCUGGGCUACAAGAGGCAUUUGGCCCUUCACGCGGCCAGCAGCGGCGACCUGACGUGCAGGGUUUGCGCCCUAGAGCUGGGGAGCACCGAAGUGCUGCUGGAUCAUCUCAAAGCCCACGCUGGGGGGAAGCCGCCUCCCGGGGCCAAGGAGAAGAAGCAUCAGUGCGACCACUGCGAGCGGUGCUUCUAUACCCGGAAAGACGUUCGGCGCCACCUGGUGGUGCACACGGGCUGCAAAGACUUCCUGUGCCAGUUCUGCGCCCAGCGAUUUGGCCGGAAGGACCACCUCACUCGGCACACCAAGAAAACGCACUCCCAGGAGCUGAUGAAAGAUCGGCUGCAAAACGGCGACUUGCUGAGCCCCCGCGAUCCACAUUCGCCACCGUUUCAGCUCCACGAAGGGGCCGCCGCCACCGCCGCCGCGCCGGCUCCUUUCCCUCUCAGUGUCUGUGGCCAGAAUGGGCUAGGGAGUGGGCUGCAGGCAGACGGCCAGAACCCCCCAUCUGGGCCCUACGAGCAGGGCCUGCGGCACUCCCACCCACUUCCAGAGGCUCUAGCGGCCAUCCAGCCUUCGGGGUCUCCAGGGUCGCCUCCGUGUAAUCUUCAACCCCCGGAAUAUGAUCCAGCCUCUACCUCAUACUCGCCGCUCUCCCACCCCAAAAAUCUGCCCCUCAAAACAGCCUCAAAGGGAUUCUGCAACAUGAACCUCCUGGAGGAACUGGCUUUACAAGAGCCUCACUCUGCAGCCAGGGGCAGCCCUGACCUCGAUCUGUCGAAGAGCAUAGUGGAGAGAUUAAACGUCAACAAGGAAAUGGCGAUGCCCGCUGCUGACUUGGCGAACAGGCCAGCAGCAUCCCCCGCCUCUUUGGAUCUCUCCCACUUCCUGGGGCUUUGGCAGCUGCCUCCCUCUCUCGCCCAAAACGUCCAUGGGAACAGCGCCGUGAGCCUGGGUCCCAGAGAGUCGCUCCCCCACAGACUAAGCCGUCUGGGGCCUCAGCAGCAAGAACCGCAGCUCGCCAUGGGCAGCCUGACGCUCAAUCAGCUUCAUAUUCCUCACAUUCCUCAUACUUUCCCAGCCAGCCCCAGCUCUACCAUCCUGCCUCAUUUCCACCAUGCGUUCAGAUGACUUCCAUUUUAAACGAGUACUUUUCUGUCUGAGAAAACUUUGCAAGCAGGCCAGCCAUCCUGCAAGAUUAUGGAAACUAGAAUUGUCUGCCUUGGGUGGCUGGCUUCACAGCAUGACGUUUGGGAAAAGACACUCACGCAAAAUCACCAACUGCAUGUAUUGUGCCAAUCUGCCAUGAGUGUUCAUGCUUUGUACCAAAUUUUAUAUGAGUGAGUAUUCUAUAGUGGAACUGCAAAUACUGCCAUAACGGGCAUACAAAACGAGGGCUGCUAUAUAGGUACGUCGGGCCAAGUGGAAAUUAACUUCAAGCCAUGCAUCAUAGUAAAAAACAAAACAAAACAAAAACAGUAUAUACACAGUGACCAUUUUUAUAUGGCCUCUAGUGGACCACUAGAUGAACAAGGGCCCUACCUAGUAAAUAAACUUUGAGAAACUUCAUUUCUUCAAGUUGAGAAGAUAUAAUGUUUCUUUUUCUUUUAAUAAAAAUAAAAUACCUUUAUGGGGAUUAAAUUUAACGAGGCUGUGAACUUCAGUCUACUUCAGCAGUUCAGGGAUUUUUCUGUCUUCAGGGUUGGAAAUAGUUUAGUUACUACUGCCAUAGUCAAAUGAAAGUCUUACAAAAAAAAAAACAACAAAACAACCAGCUUCUUAUAGAAAGUUCUUUGUUCUAAAAACAUAUUUUUAUGUAGUUUCCAUCUUCAGAAUGGCAAAGAUGUUUUGCUGACUCCCCUAGUUUCUCUUAAAGACCUAAAUGAUUAUUUAGACACAUUCAGUAGGAAAAAUCCCUGUGGAUUGGUUCUUGGUUAGAACUUCCAAUGUGUGCAAAUAAUGCACGGGCCAAUAAAAGACAUUUGAUGAUUUGAAGAAUUAUUAUUAUUAUUAUUAUUUCAGUAGGAGUAUGAGAUUGCUUUGUCUCAAAGAAAACCCCUUGUUCAAGAUCUUUAUUUGAUAAGUUGGGCUUUAAAUAUUAUUGUACUUAGGAUCCUAAAUGCUGUUUUUCAACACAUAAUAAAUGCAAUAUUUUUCAAUUCUUAAAAAAAAUACACAUUUAUUUGGUCAUGUUACUGGU